CGCCCGCAGCGGUCCCCGCGCCGCCGCCCGGCCGGACACCAGGGGGCAGGCGGCGAAGGGAAGCGGCCCAUCGAUGGGGGCGGCUGCUCUGCGUUCGGCUCCUCGGCCCUGCCUCUCGGCUCUGGAUUAGCUAGCGAAACUGGUUACGUGGGACAGUCCCCAGCCCGGCCCCCCUGCUCCCACCGCUGGGGUGAAGCGGGGUCUCGGAGGCGCCGCGCACAGUGCCGCAGCCGCGCUGCAAGGCUCCGCGGGCGGCUUCCAGCUGGGCACCGAGCGGGGGGCAGACGCCGCUGCGAGCGAAGCCCGGGCGCCCCGCAGCCAGCCGCCCGCCCGCCCCCACCGCCGGGGGGAGCAGCAAGAGCAGGGGCAGCAGCAGCGGGCGGCCCCGGGCGGGAGGAGGAGGCGGCGCCGCCGCCGCCGCAGGCAGCACGGGGAAGCGGCCGGGCUGCCCGGGAGGGCAGGGCUGGGUCCGGCCCCUGCCCGGCGGGGCCAUGGCGCUGCGGGCCCGGGCGCUCUAUGACUUCAGGUCGGAGAACCCGGGGGAGAUCUCGCUGCGGGAGCACGAGGUGCUGAGUCUCUGCAGCGAGCAGGACAUCGAGGGCUGGCUCGAGGGGGUCAACAGCCACGGCGACCGCGGCCUCUUCCCGGCCUCUUACGUGCAGGUGAUCCGGGCUCCGGCUGCGGAGCCGCCCGCCCCUGCCGGCGGGGCCCGCUACGCCAACCUGCCCCCCGGCGGCUUCGAGCCCCUGGUACCCCCGGCUGCCUUCAACCCCCCUGUCCAGCAGCUCCCCCCUCCGGCGGCGGCCGAGCCCUUCCCGCUGCCGCCCGCGCCCUACAGCGGCUCCUACCAGCCCAGCCAGGGCAGCGACGACGACUGGGACGAUGACUGGGACGACACCUCCACGGUGGCGGACGAGCCGGGUGUGCUGGGCAGCUCCUACCCGGACUACGAUGCGGCGGGGGGCGGCGGCCCCACCUCGGCCCGGUACCGCCUCUCCACCCGCUCGGACCUCUCGCUGGGCUCCCGCAACAGCCAGCAGCCCGGUCACCUCCACCACCACCCCGGCGGCGGGGCCAAGAGCUCCGCCACGGUGAGCCGCAACCUCAACCGCUUCUCCACUUUCGUGAAGUCGGGCGGGGAGGCGUUCGUGCUGGGCGAGGCCUCUGGCUUUGUGAAGGAUGGGGACAAGCUGUGCGUGGUGCUGGGCCCCUGGGGGCCCGAGUGGCAGGAGAACCCCUACCCCUUCCAGUGCUCCAUUGAGGACCCCACCAAGCAGACCAAGUUCAAGGGCAUGAAGAGCUACAUUGCCUACAAGCUGGUACCCAGCAACACCGGGCAGCAGGUGCACCGCCGCUACAAGCACUUUGACUGGCUCUAUGGGCGCUUGGCAGAGAAGUUCCCUGUCAUCUCUGUGCCCCACUUGCCCGAGAAGCAGGCCACGGGCCGCUUCGAGGAGGAUUUUAUCUCCAAGCGUCGCAAGGGCCUGGCUUGGUGGAUGGACCACAUGUGCAGCCACCCGGUGCUGGCUCAGUGCGAUGCCUUCCGACACUUCCUCACCUGCCCCAGCACCGAUGAGAAGGCCUGGAAGCAGGGCAAGCGCAAAGCCGAGAAGGACGAGAUGGUGGGCGCCAACUUUUUCCUGACCAUCAGCGUCCCCACCGGCCCUGCCGCUGCCCUGGAUCUACAGGAGGUGGAGAGCCGGGUGGAUGGCUUCAAGAGCUUCACCAAGAAGAUGGAUGAGAGCACCAUGCAGCUCACCCACACCGCCAAUGAGUUUGCCCGUAAGCAGGUCACUGGUUUUAAGAAGGAGUACCAGAAGGUGGGGCACUCCUUCAAGGGACUCAGCCAGGCCUUCGAGCUGGACCAGCAGGCCUUUUCUGCCAACCUCAACCAAGCCCUUGCCUUCACGGGGGAAGCUUACGACGCCAUUGGGGAAUUCUUUGCAGAGCAGCCCCGACAGGACCUUGACCCUGUGAUGGAUUUGUUAGCACUAUAUCAGGGGCAUCUGGCCAACUUCCCAGACAUCAUCCAUGUCCAGAAAGGAGCCCUUACCAAAGUAAAGGAGAGUAAGCGGCAUGUGGAAGAAGGGAAGAUGGAGGUCCAGAAGGCUGAUGGUAUUCAAGAUCGCUGUAACAUUAUUUCUUUUGCCACCUUGGCAGAAAUUCAUCAUUUCCACCAAAUUCGAGUGAGGGACUUUAAGUCACAAAUGCAACAUUUCUUAAAACAGCAAAUACUUUUUUUCCAAAAAGUGACGCAAAAGUUAGAAGAAGCUCUUCACAAGUAUGACAGUGUUUAAGCUCCUAACUUAGAAUUGUGGACUGUUCAGAGUAUGAGAGUGAUUUAAGCAGCAGAGUAAAAAUCACUGUUAUGGAGGAACUGUUGCCAACUGUUGGUGGUACAAGAAUGGUUUUGUGUUCAUCUGGAGUCCCAGCUGAAUCUCUAAUUAAGUAAGAAGGAAAUGGUUAAUAUGGCUAUGUAAUAGAAACAGUACCACACAUUGUAACUAAAUUAUACUGUUUAUGCCUACACUACCAUUGUAACUUUUUUGAAAUAAUGAUUAUACUAUUUGCCUUAUUGCUUUUUGAAGUAUGAUAUUUUAGUGCAUACUUUGUAGACCUCAAAACCUUUUGGGUCUUUAAGCUGGCUAGAUAAAAGCCUGCUUCAGAUGCCUUUUUAUUCUCCUAGAUUUGGAUUUCCUAAAUUCAACCAAUUCUCUGUUUACAAACUCCUACUAGAGCAGCUAUGCGACUUUGUGCCUUUAGACUUUUGAUUUUUCCUUUUCUAGCAAGCCACAUUUUUAUGACUGAAUGAAGGGUUGGUGCCUGUGACAGGAAUGGAUUAUGAAAUCUCAUAUUGACUGAAAUAAUCAGCUGCCACCAUCUAAUUGGCACAGCAAGUAUUGUCCUGUGAUAAAUGUUGGCUCAAAAAGCAGGAUUUAAAAUCAAUUCACACUUUCUUAGAAUUGAAAAUGAAGACUAUUUAUUACAUUUGCCAGAACCUUAAACAUACAAGUGAAGAGUACAGCACCACUGUAUUCCCUUUCUUACCAUGAUUACAUAGUGAGGGGUUUUAUGUUAGAAUACAUUAUUGUGAGUAGAGACUUGGAGAACUAAUCUAAUAGAAGCAGAGGAAUGAAAUGUGUCAAGGGACCGUGUAUACAGGCGAAGUGACUAACACUUGUUUGUGUACUUGAUAGCUGGAGAUGAUUGCUCAUUGUUUGGCUAUUGGUUCAGUGUAAAUUCAAAUACAGACCUACAUGGUCAAUUGAGACUCCACUGUGAUUCACUGGUUUACUAGGUCACAAAUUUUCAGGGAUGUUCAAUGGUAUAAAUGGUUUGAAAGCAGUCUUGGCUGAACUGACUAGGAAACGGGAAGCAUUUCUUAUAUUUAUAACACCCAGUUAGAACUUAACUAAACUAUUGUCUUGCUUUUUUGUAUAUGGAUUUUUGCAAAGUUGAUUGUGUGUGUAUACACACAAACAGUGUCUCAAAAUAACAGUUAUCUGAUCUUAACCAAGGAAAUCAGUCUAAACUUUAUCCUUAACCUACCAGUUCACUUUCUGAAGGUCACUACGAGAAAGUUGGUCUCCUUCCUAUAAACAAGAACCAAGGAAACUGAAUUUAAUUUACACACACACACACACACACACACACACACACACACACACACACACACACACACACACACACACACAC